AAUCUGGCAACCCAUAUUCCAUCUGUCAGACGGUUUCAUUAGGCUGGACACUAACCCUAUUCCAUGAUAGUAGUAUUACUCUGUAGUAGGCUGUUAGCAAAGCCGUGUCUCUGCACCAGGCAACAUGGGGUCGGGAGAGAGUACGACCAGAAAGGUGUCGUUCGGUGUCGACGACGAGGAUAGAGUUCGGAUCCUUCGUGGAGUCAAGUUGUCAGAUGAUGUUCUACAGAGGAUGAGAGGAGUAGCUAACAUCCCUCCAGAAAAAACUUCAACCACAAGCAUGCAGAAGGACAAAGGUGGCACUAACACUGCUGGGUCAAGCCCUCGUACCCAACAGAGCUCACAACACAGGGCUCAUCCCGGUUCUCAGUACAACACUAAUACAUCAGCCUCCUAUGCUAAGGAAGAACAGAGAAGGUAUGAGCGCCAGAAAACACUUUUGAAGGAGGAGUUGAUGCAAAAAGAGAGGGAGGAGGUCACUAAAGCCAUGGCUCGAGAAAGACAUCACACACGUCAGGAAGCUGAGAAGACCAAACUACUGUCUGCAGAUGAGAUAGACGUAAUGGCUCAGCAACUGCAGAAGAAAGAUUCACAGCUGAAAGCGCUGGAUGCCUUCUACAAGGAGCAGCUGGCACAACUGGAGAAGAGGAAUCAGGAGAGAUACGAACAGAGCAAGGAGCAAUUUCAUCAAGCUGCCACCUACAUGGAAGGAAACGUGAGGUCUCGCAAUACAGACCCGGUGUGUUCCGGCCUGCAGGCUCAGAUUUUAUCCUGCUACAGGGAGAAUAGGGAUCAGACUCUGAAGUGUUCAGAUCUUGCCAAAGAAUACAUGCAGUGUAUCAAUGCUGCGAAGAAGAACCUGCUGGUGAACCACGGAUGAAGAGUGGGAGGAAAAGGGUAAAACCAUUAAAAACUUUUACUUUGGAACACCGGGCUGCACUUCCUGUUUUGAAUUGAGAGAAGGCUGGUGUGCUAUCAGCAUGCGUUGUUUUUGAAACAUCCUCAGUAGGAUUUAUAUCUGCACUAUUAUUCAUUAUAUUUGCUCUCUUCUUCUGCACGGGUAAAUUCGACAAGGCAGCUUUUAGAGAAAAGAUGAGCGUGUGUGCAUUAAGUGGGUGGUGAGUCACCACGCUUUCAGUGGAACCAUUCAUGUGUUCGACACAAAGGUUUGACUUGACGAAGCAUUCAGGGUCGCCUCCUUCCUUCCUCAUGCAGAUGUAAAGAAAUACAUUCAGUGUCAGGUUCGAGGUGAAGCUGACGUGUAGCGGCCGUCCUUGUCUUUUUAGCAGGAAGAAGAGUUGAUUGAGUUGUGCUGCUUGAAGCUUCAUGGAUUUGUAUGUUUGUAAAACCACAGGCUGAGCUCAGGUAACCCUGGCAAUGACACACAGACCUGUGAUGUAUUAUGAUUUUAUUAAACUAUUCAAAUUCUGA